AUUUUUGAAACAGUUGGCAUUACAUUUUCACUCCCUUACCAAUACUCAUAUCAACACUAUGUACUACUUACUCAUUUGUUUAGGGCCCCAAAUGGCCUGUGCUCUUCAAUCACUGGGCCUAAGUACAUAAAGGCUGCCAAAGAACCAUGGAUGCACUCUAGCUGGUACAAGCCACUUGGCCAAAUAUUGAUCACAAAUAAAUGCCUUGAUAAACUUGCAGCAUCAUGUGUUGAUUUUUACCUAGCCCAAAAUGCUUGA